UCUUCUCUACGGACUCCAAGAUGCAGGGGCAUUUUGAUCCCCUUAGACAGUUAGAACCAGAGUGCUAAUCCAUAUACUGAGGUUGGAUUUACAAAAAGAAUAAAAAUUCAAUAGUGAGACGGCAAUGGCGGCUGGACAGAGGCUUGGGAACUGCCCAGAAAUACUCCUUAUAUUCUUUCUCCUGGGAUCGCUGUGGGAGACCGGGUCUGGACAGAUCCGCUACUCAGUGCCCGAGGAGAUGGAGAAGGGCUCUUUUGUGGGCGACAUCUCCAAGGACCUUGGGCUGGGGCCCCACAAGCUGUCGGAAGGCGGAGCCCGCAUAGUUUCCAGAGGUAAGAAGCAGCAUUUUGCUCUGAAUGUCAGAAGCGGCAGCUUAGUCACAGCUGACAGAAUAGACAGGGAGGAGUUGUGUGGGAAAGCACCCGUGUGCAUUGUAAACGCAGAGAUUCUGCUAGAGGACAAAGUGAAAAUUUAUGGAGUAGAAGUGGAAAUAAUUGAUAUCAAUGAUAAUAUCCCCAGCUUCGGGGCAGACGAAAGAGAAAUCAAAAUCCCUGAAAGCGCAGUGCCAGGAACAAGGUUUCCCCUUCCGGAAGCCUUUGAUGCGGAUAUAGGAAUGAACUCUGUUCAGAGCUACCAGUUGAGUUCGAAUCAUCAUUUCUCUCUGAGUGUGGGAAAAAGAACAGAUGGAGUCAAGUACCUGGAGCUGAUGCUGGAGCAUGCUCUGGACCGAGAGGAGGAGCCUGUUCACCUCCUCACCCUCACAGCCUCGGAUGGGGGAGAUCCGAUUCUCUCCGGCACCCUAAGAGUUCCUGUGACUGUCCUGGAUGCGAACGACAACGCGCCAGAGUUUACUCAGUCUGUGUAUACCGUGAACGUACCCGAGAAUUUAGCACAGGGGACACAGCUGCUCACAGUGAGUGCCACCGACUUGGAUGAAGGAAUAAAUGGGGAAGUCACUUAUUAUUUCCAGAAAAGUAUGGAGAAAACUUCUCGGUUAUUUCAUUUGAAUGCUUUGACUGGGGAUAUAACAGUAUUGGAAUAUCUAGAUUAUGAAGAGUGCAAUUUUUAUGAGAUAGAUAUUGAAGCCCGAGAUGGGGCUGGACUUCUGGCCAUAGCCAAGGUUCUACUCAAAGUACUGGAUGUGAAUGACAACGCCCCCGAUAUCACCAUCACCUCCGUUACCAGCUCAGUCUCUGAAAAUUCUGCUGCAGGGUCGAUAAUUGCCCUUUUCAAUGUGCACGACAAAGAUUCUGGGGAGAAUGGUCAGGUCACAUGCUCCAUCCCAGAGCACCUGCCUUUCAAACUUGAAAAGUCCUAUGGAAAUUACUAUAGUUUGGUGACCGACAGAGCCCUGGAUCGGGAGCAAGUCUCCAUGUACAACGUCACCGUGACAGCCACAGAUGGAGGGAAUCCCCCUCUGUCCACUUUUAUUCACAUCUCCCUGCACAUAGAAGACACCAACGACAACCCCCCGGUUUUUGUCCAGACAUCCUACUCAGCCUAUGUCAUGGAGAACAAUCCCAGAGGCACUUCCAUUUACUCUCUAACUGCUCUUGACCCCGACAUUGGGGAGAAUGGACACAUCACUUAUUCCAUUACAGAUGACUCGGUACACGGUGCACCCCUCUCCUCCUAUGUUUCCAUUAACUCUGAAACUGGCAUCCUCUAUGCUCUGCGUUCAUUCGAUUAUGAACAGUUCCGGGAAUUGAAGCUAGGAGUAACAGCCAAGGACUCUGGGGACCCUCCUCUCAGCACCAACGUGUCCCUGACUCUGUUCAUCCUGGAUCAGAAUGACAAUGCCCCGGAAAUCCUGUACCCCGCCUUCCCCACGGAUGGCUCCAGUGGAGUGGAGCUGGCCCCACGCUCUGCAGA